AUGAAAUCCACACAGUUAUUCUUUAUUGUCUUUGGUCUUUUGGCCUUUACGUUGAUUAAUUCUUCCGUAUCGGCUAAUAACUUUGACUUAAAUAUGAAAUGUGAAAGUGCCGGCACAAACGAAUGGGUAUUGGACAUUAUGUGGACUCCUCAAGAGUCAAUGAUUCAACAAUUAAAUCAAAUAGAUUCAGUGAAUGAUACAAAUUCCAAACCUGAUCCAACAACCAGUCCUCAACCUACCCCUACUAUUGCUAAAAGAGAUAAUUCGAAAAAAUCCAAAAAUUGGAAAAAUUCGAAAAACAGAGAUGUUAAUGAUGUCGUAAUUCUCCUUAUAUGCAAAAAUCUUGGAUAUUACGAUUCAAUGUACGGAAGAUAUAGUGAAGGAAGAGUAAGAUACAAUUUAUACGGACGUAAAUCUUGGAAAUCUUGGUUUGGUCGCAAUUCUUGGAAGAAUAAAAAUGACAAAUAUUACGAUGGGAAGAGUAAAAAUGACAAAUAUUACGAUGGUGAUAAUUAUUUCGGUGAUAAUGAUUACGAUUCUUACAAUGAUUAUCGUGGUAACUAUCGCGGUGACUCUCGUGAUGACUAUAGUGAUAGCUAUAGUGAUAACUAUCGCGAGAAAGGACCUUUAUUAGGAAUUUCAAACUUGAAGUGA